AUGACAAAGAGAGGGCUAGUUAUUUCAGAUUUUGAAGAAAGGUAUGAGACCGAAAACUAUUGUGAAUUCCACCAUGAAGUAGGACAUGAGAUUCAAGAAUUUGAGGGAUUUAGGGCUCUGGUCCAAAACAUGAUGGAUAAAAAAGAGAUAAGGUUUUAUGAAGAAGUGGAGGGUAAAAGAAAUAUUUGUGCAUCAGAAUUGGCAACGAAGACUCCAGAAACGAAUCAUCCUGUGGUCAUCAUUUCAUGCCCUCGGAGCAAUGAGUCUAGGGUUCAAAUAGCACCAAAAAUUGUAAUUCAGAAACCAUCAAAUUUCCCAUAUAAGGAUAGUAAAAUGGUGUCGUGGAAUUAUGGGGGCAACGUGACAAUCUUGGGAAAAGAAGCGGAGAGAAAUCAAGAAAUAGGUUCUUACACGCGCAAUGGGAAGCGAUAUGACGCUCAGGCAGAAUCGUCAAGAGAAGAGAACUGGAAGAAAGAGCAGAGGAAAGGGAAGGCAGUGGAAGUUGAGUCAUUGGUUAAUGAACCAAUAAAGGAAAAGGAGGAAAAGGAGUUUUUGAAGUUUUUGAAACACAACGAAUAUAGCGUUGUCGAACAACUGUGCAAACAGCCGGCCCGCAUUUCUAUAUUAGCUUUGCUCCUAAGUUCAAAAGUACAUCGAAGUGCACUAAUGAAAGUACUAAAUGAAACAUAUGUGGCUGAUGAUAUUUCGGUAAACAAGCUGGAUCGGUUGGUCAACAAUAUAAGUGCUGACAAUUUUAUCUUCUUCAGUGAUGACGAAAUACCAUCUAGAGGAAGGGGUUCUACUAAAGCCCUGCACGUUACUACCCGAUGCAAAUGGUACACAUUCCCGGGGGUCUUGGUUGAUAAUGGAUUUGCACUGAAUAUAUUGCCUUUAUCUACUCUUAGUCGGUUACCGGUGGACAGUUCACACAUGAAAGCGUGUCAGAGCAUAGUAAGGGCAUUUGAUGGAACGAAAAAUAGGGUUAUGGGGAGAAUUGAGGUACCGUUAAGGAUUGGCCCAACUACUUAUCAGGUGGACUUCUUGGUAAUGGAUAUUAAGCCUUCCUACAACUGUUUAUUGGGAAGACCAUGGAUACACUUAGCUGGGGCAGUACCUUCAUCGCUACAUCAGAAGGUGAAGAUAGUAUCAGAGGGUCGGUUGAUAACAAUAAAUGCGGAGGAAGAUAUCAUCGCAACAGUAACUGGUGAUGCACCAUAUGUGGAAAUUAACGAUGAGGCAGUGGAAUGUUCUUUUCGGUCAUUAGAAUUUGUCAACGUGAUGUUUAUUGCUGAAGGAAGUAGAAUUUUGGUACCGAAAAUAUCCAGGACCCCAGAGAUGGGGCUGCGAUUGAUGAUUGGAAGAGGAACUUCACCCGGGAAAGGAUUGGGAAAAUAUCUUCAAGGAAAUAUUGAAGCACCGAUGCUAAAGAAAAACCUGGAAAUGAUAGGAAAUCCUUUGUGA